CUGACACUCAUGGUAUCGACAGCGACAGGCCGCGAACUUGAGCAUACGUGCUACUACUAGUAGUGUGCCCCUGCACGGCAGCCGCUCAGGUUCGAAGUUACUAGUCACUGGUACGCGCGGUGGCACGGUUACGUUCAACUGCUGCUACUAGUACUAGGUCCAAACAACUCUCUCACUCCAUUGAGGUCCACCCAGAGGGACGAAGGGCAUCAUGGCUGGUGCUAGUACUGGGAUGGCCAGCUCCCACUGGGAUGAAGUAGUGCAGCUGAGCAAAACAAUAUCCGCUAAGAUUCAGAGCAACCUUAGCGGUAUGAGUAUCCCCGAUAUACGCGUCGCGGAAGGAGAGCUCACCUCGGCGGUGGUUGUGCUCAGGUCCGCGCUGAACACCGCUGUCCCCUUCCACCGCUUGCCUCCCGAACUCAUGAAGGCGAUAUUUUGGCUCGUGCCCACAAUGCAAUACCAAAUUAAGAGUCGCAAAAGCCAAUCUCACGUCGUGGACAUCUGGGAGCGCCGCCACUACGCGCGUAUCGGCGAUCUGUUCACGCUCAUGCUUGUGUGUCGCCGGUGGAGAGAUAUCAUGGUAUCGACCCCGUCGUUCUGGAACACUAUAGAUCAGGCGUAUCCCCUGAGCCAGACGACGUUCCUCGAGCGGUCGCAAUACGGCCCUUUGAGGGUCAUCCUCCGUACCACGCCAUCGGCAUUCAUGUCCACGCUCUGCGACAGGGAAAUCGAGCGGAUUGUCGCGAUCUACCACUGCGGAGUAACAGCUGCCACUGCGGAAGAGUACCUCGGCUUUCCUGCACCCGAAUUGGAGGUGUUGGAUUUGACGAACAGCUGGUUCUUCGGACGCCGGAUCCUCAGCGAGUCCGUGCAGACGGUACAGCUUUUUCGCGAACACACUCCUCGUCUGCGCCAGCUCAACCUCCACCAUAUACACUGGUUUCCCAAGGUGCAGUUGUCGGCGCUCACUCAUCUGUCGGUGGACAUGUGUCGCUGGGACGACUACCUGACCAAAAUCGCGGGCAUUCUGGCGUCCGCGCCUGAGCUCGUCGAUCUGGUGCUUAGCGCAGUCUCGAGCACCACCCCGGACGUCGAGAGCCUCGAUAUCUCGUAUGCCAACAACUCUAUACCCCUAUUGCACCUCAAAAGGUUCCAUUUUCGCUACGUUCAUAGCGAAGAAGCCGUCAUAGCCCUCCUUUCGAAGCUUAUACUGCCCGCAACAACCUCCCUCGACAUCGUCAAAGCCCUUGACGCGCACUACUUCUCCGAAAACAUCCUGCCCGUCCUCGCUGGGAUCCCCGUUAUGAAGACGGCCAUCCGCGCAUCCCUCGUCCUAGCCCCCGUUACCCAGGAACCGCGCAUGGUCAUGGCGCAGCUCACGGCCGUGAGCGACGUAGCCGGCGUGCUCUGCACCCCAUUGGGCCUCCGCAACGACCUAAUCCCAAUCGCCUCCAUACUUCCCGCACCGCAGAUCCGCGAGCUCUGGCUGACGCUAGUGGCGAGGCACGAGGAUAUCCUGCACAUGCUCGAUCACAACCAAGAGCCCCACCCCGCUUUCGUGCUGGACCCCGACGCGCUGCGAGAGACGUUGAGGCCCAUGGUAGCCCUCGAGACGCUCGUGGUGUGGAGCCCGGUCCUCGCCAGCGUCGUCGAGGCGUUGGUGGACCACGGCACGAGGGCAUCGAAGCUGCUCUGCCCCAAGCUGACAUGCAUUCGCGUUAUGCUGUCUAAGAACACGCCCUCCGUGGACGAAGCCGUCGCGCUGCUCGAUGCGCAGCAAGACAUCCUGCGCCUGGCUCGUGUGCAGAUCAACUAUCUACCGAAGUACACGGUGGAGAAGCCAGCGGAGACGGAGUACGACCACCACUUCCCGUCAAUCGAGUACGUUGCGCCGGACCACGUGCCAGUCAUGGAGAUGCCGCCUGUGUGUAUGCAGGAAGCUCACGCGCGGUGGACGCCCUGGAGGGCGGACGAGGACGGAGUGCAGAUCCAAGAAGACGGCGAACUGCGUGAGGAUAUGUCAUGAGACAGGUGCGUGCCCCACGACUUCCCUUACCAGUCACUUAAUCAGGACUAGAGACUAGCACAUGCGAGAGGAGAAUUGUAUUUGUACACGAACACAUCCUAUGUUUGUCUGGACGAGAACAUCUGCUGAGCCUAUCCAAGAAUUUACAGUGCAGAAACCUUUCUUAUGUGUUAAUCAGUCGUUGUCAUCUCCCGAAAUAUAGCACUUGCACCGCACGAGAAACGAUUAGUACA